AUGUCAAAAAGAUCAUUAUCUCCUGAGCACGAGGAAGGAAAGAAGCUAGCAAAACAUGGUGAAGAUAUGGCUAUUGAUUCGGAAUUGAUGGCACACCACAAAGGGGAGUCGGAUGCCAAGAAGGGUGUUGCUCGUGGUGAGGAAGCUGAGGAGAAGCUGGAGGAGAAACAACACACUGAAGAAAGUGAAAGGACUGCCAUCAACGCUGUGGCUAAUGCCGCUGCGUCUAUUGGCGAUCAACAGAAGGAGCAACAACAAUACGACCAAGCUCAACAGCAACAGCAACAGCAGCAGCAACAACAACAGCAGCAGCAAGCUUAUCAUGAGAACCUUAUCAAGCAAAAGAUUGAACAACAGCAUGCGCAGCUGAUUCAAAGUCAAUCGCCAGAGGGCAACCAUGCGUCAUCUCAUGCUUCUCCAGUGGAACAUCACCCAGGAAGUCCUGGCAGUGACUAUUCACACGCCUCUGGUUCGGGUACCAAGCCCCAGCACGGCACUGAUGAGUGGCAUAGACAAAGAAAGGAUAACCACAAAGAAGUAGAAAGACGCAGAAGAGAAGCAAUCAAUAUUGGUAUCAAGGAGUUGGCGGAACUUAUCCCCACUAGAGACACAAACAAAACUCAAAUCUUGCAAAGAGCAGUGGAGUACAUUAAAAGGUUGAAAGAGAAUGAAAACAACAAUAUUGAAAAGUGGACUUUGGAAAAGUUGUUGACUGAACAGGCAGUUUCUGAGUUGAGUGCCUCCAACGAGAAGUUGAAGCAAGAGUUGGAAAGGGCUUACAGAGAAAUCGAGCGUUUAAAAGAACAGCUCAAGUAA